AUGGCGUCCCAAUCAUCUACAGGUAAGUAUUUAACUGUAGAUGUUCAUUACAGUGGAGUAUUUGCCCGAAAUCCAUUGAAAUACUUAGACCUCGAAAAGAUAACAGUGCGUGAUGUCGAUUUUGGAGGAUUUACGUACAAAGAGUUUCUUUUGUGGCUUAGGAAUUUAACCAAUGGAAGUUGUGAUAAUGUGUACUACUGUAGUAGAAAUGAAACCUUGGGUGAGGGUAUUAUAAGAAUCGACAGUGAUGCUGAUUAUUGGGAGUUUGUUGAAGCUACUUAUACUCCUGAAGCUGAGUUGGAUGUCUACAUUGACCACCAAAAUGAUCCAAUCCUUGAUUGGGCUGAAAAUGAGGUGUUAUCAGAUGGUAAUUGGUAUGAAUUGGAUGACAACGAAGAAGAGGAUGAAAAUGAAGAAGAGGAUCACAAGGAAGAAGAGGAUGACAGUGAUGAAGACGAUAACUUAGAUGAUAUUAUGGCAUAUGAGCAUGAAGUUGAUGAAGAAGUCCAUACCUUUAACAAAACUGUUGGUGAUGAUUUUUUAAACAAACUUUCAGGUAAGCUUAGUGAUGAUGAUCAACCUAAUGAUGGAAAAGAUGAUAAGGUUGUAUGCCCUGUCCAUGAUGAGAAUCAAGAAUGGGAUAAGAUGGUGCCAAUUCUAGGUUACUGGUGA